AAGGCGACGUGGCGAAAGAAAGAAAAGUCAAAAGCAAAAGCAAAAUCGUUUGUCAACCGGUCCGGUCGUUCACAGUGUAGUAGACGGCUGAGAGAAGCUAGUUUAGUUUUAUUUGAUAGCGUUUUAAACGAAUCUGAAAAUAUAGCAAUAUGUUGCGCCUGUCAGCAGCUGUGCUCCUUCUUGGCUUUAUCUCCAUCGCAUCCGGCGCCGAGCAGGACGUUCUGGAACUGGGCGACGACGACUUCUCCUCCACUUUGAAGCAGCAUGAGACCACCUUGGUUAUGUUCUAUGCCCCCUGGUGCGGCCACUGCAAGCGCUUGAAGCCCGAAUACGCCAAGGCGGCUGAGCUCGUCAAGGACGACGAUCCGCCAAUCAAGCUAGCCAAGGUCGAUUGUACAGAGGCCGGCAAGGAGACUUGCAGCAAGUACUCGGUCAGCGGCUACCCCACACUGAAGAUCUUCCGUCAGGAUGAGGUCUCGCAGGACUACAAUGGACCGCGCGAAGCCAACGGCAUUGCCAAGUACAUGCGCGCUCAGGUGGGACCGGCCUCCAAGCAACUGAAAUCCGUUGCCGAGCUGGCCAAGUUCCUGGACACCAAGGACACUACUCUGUUCGGUUACUUCAGUGAUGUUGACUCCAAGCUGGCCAAGGUGUUCCUGAAGUUCGCCGACAAGAACCGUGAGAAGUACCGCUUCGGACACUCCAGCGAUGCCGAUAUCCUGGCCAAGCAGGGCGAAACCGAUAAGAUUGUGCUGAUCCGUGCCCCCCACUUGAGCAACAAAUUCGAAAGCUCCACCCUCAAGUUCGAAGGCAGUUCCGAGUCCGAGCUGAUCACCUUCCUCAAGGAGAACUACCAUGGUUUGGUGGGCCACCGCACCCAGGACACAGCCCGCGACUUCCAGAACCCCUUGAUCACCGCUUACUACAGCGUCGAUUACCAGAAGAACCCCAAGGGAACCAACUACUGGCGCAACCGUGUUCUCAAGGUGGCCAAGGAGUUUGCCGGACAGAUCAACUUUGCCAUCGCCUCCAAGGACGACUUCCAGCAUGAGUUGAACGAGUACGGUUACGAUUUCGUCGGUGACAAGCCCGUGAUUCUGGCCCGCGACGAGAAGAAUCUCAAGUACGCCCUGAAGGAGGAGUUCUCCGUGGAGAACCUGCAGGACUUUGUGGAGAAGUUGCUGGCCAACGAGCUGGAACCCUACAUCAAGAGCGAGCCCAUUCCAGAGUCCAACGACGCUCCCGUUAAAGUUGCCGUUGCCAAGAACUUUGAUGAUCUUGUGAUCAACAAUGGCAAGGACACUCUGAUCGAGUUCUACGCCCCGUGGUGCGGACACUGCAAGAAGCUGACCCCCAUCUAUGAUGAGCUGGCAGAGAAACUGAAGGACGAGGAUGUGUCUAUCGUGAAGAUGGAUGCCACUGCCAACGACGUGCCGCCAGAGUUCAAUGUGCGCGGCUUCCCCACUCUCUUCUGGCUGCCCAAGGACUCGAAGAACAAGCCCGUGAGCUACAACGGCGGUCGGGAGCUGGAUGAUUUCAUCAAGUACAUCGCCAAGGAGGCUACCACAGAACUGAAUGGCUUUGACCGCAGCGGCAAGCCCAAGAAGACCGAGCUGUAAUCUGUAGUCUAUAAUGUGUAUCCCGGGGGCAGUACAUCCUGGACGCCAACUAGCAUUUCCAUAUUUUUGUAAAAUCGAAUGCAUUCUCUAAAAUACUUCAGCAAAAUUGUAUUAAAUUAUUUAAUAGUGAUGAGCGAAUGAAAACAAAUUGAUGUGUCGCAAUAAAAUGAAAUCUUUUAAUUACUCAAUAA